AUGCUUCGCGAGCUCUUGUAUGGGAUUUCAGGCUUGAUUCUGUUGGCUUACGCUGCAGACCUUUACUACAAUGCAGGGGACGAUCCUAAGGAACCAACUCGGAUACGUUCGAGGGUGCCCCUGAUCGGGCAUGUACUUGGACUCAUGAGCCAAGGACCUACAUACUACAGAAAAACGAGCAACUCCACCAAGGCCGAGAUCUAUACGCUGGGAUGUUUCAACUUCAAGGUUUACAUCAGCGCUUCCAGCCGCCUUCUCCCCUCCAUUCAGAAGCAAUCCAGGGUCCUUUCCUUCAGACCUUUUCUCCAACUCGUGGCACGAAAGUACGGUGAUGCAUCGGACGCUGCCUACGAGAUCUUUGGCGGAAGUUUGCCCGAUGAUUUGAGCCAGUCUGUGAAGAUGAGCUUGGCUCCUGGCCGGCAUCUCGACGAACUGAGUCUGAGAAUGAGCAAGAGGGUUCUUAUUGACAUAGAUUCGUUGCUUGGCUCCAGUUCCAAGGUAUCCUUGUUAUCUUGGGCUAGACAUGCUGUUGUUCAGGCGACAAGUUGUGCUGUCUACGGAGAAGAACAUCCAUUUCUUGAUCCAGAAAUCGAGAGUUCUUACUGGAAAUGGAUGACAUACCUCACCGCGCAUCUGGUUGGUUGGUUGGAUGUGACGAAGAAGGGUUACGCCGCGAGAGCAAAGGUCUUCCAAUCGUACAUCAAGUAUUGCAAAAACCUUCCCGAAGAGAGCUCUCAUUUGAUGAAAGAGCAUCAGCGUGUUCUAGGAGAGGCUGGCAUAUCCAGCACGGACAAAGCCAAACAAGCUGCGAUUUUCACCAUUGCCUCCUUCAGCAACUCGGCACCGACGUUGUACUGGACCUUGUGGGAACUAUUCUCCCGUCCUGAGAUACUCGCCGAGGUCAGAAAUGAGCUCAUGCAACACGCAGUUGCCAAGUUAGACAGCGCGAACUUCGUUCUCGACGUCGCGGCUCUCAAGUCCCAAUGUCCGCUUCUUCUCUCCGUGUUCCAGGAGACACAGAGAACUCGCCACGUCAACCCUAGCUUCCGCAAAGUUUUGGCAGACACGAUUCUGGACGACAAGUACCUUUUGAAGGAGGGAAACUACCUUCAGGUACCAGGGAACGUUAUUCAUAGCGAACCAGGUAUCUGGGGCCCGACAGCUUUGCAGUUCGACCCGUAUCGGUUCAUGCCCAAGAAGGGCGGUGAAAGAGACGCAUCAACUGCCAGUGGCUUUGUCCCGUGGGGAGCUGCACCUUAUCUCUGUCCUGCGAGACAGUUCGCCUCAAUCGAAAUCCUCAUCAUAGCUGCGCUACUUGCCAUGAGGGCUGAUCUAAAACCUGUAGGCGGAGCAUGGGAGAAGAAUCCGGCUUUGAACCACGCGGACCUUGCUACCCUCUCGCCUCCCAUAAAGGAUGUUGACAUGCUUGUAAGCGUUCGGGGAGAGUGGGCUGGCAAGUGGACUGUGAGAAUGGGUGAGAGUCGAAGCCGUGUUCCUCUUGCCUCCGGGUAA